UUCUACAAUUUAUUCAAAUUAUUAAGUUUAAUUUACUUAAAUUUGUUGAUUUCUUUUAAACUUUGAAUUUUUUUUUCUCAUAAUUUUUGUGAUAUGUGUAUUAAUAUCAUAGUAGCAAAAGACUGAAUGUGUUUUUCGACAUUAUAAUUAUUAUAAUGCCCUAUUAUAAUUAUUAUAAUAGGAUUAUUACAACGAGAAAUAAAAUUGUGGUCAAAAUGGCUAAAAGGAAUCACAACGGGAUGAGACACGUAUAAAUAAAGCGAGAAGCGCGAAAGGGAGCGCGCUUAUCUGGCAAAUAAUAGCGGUGUUUUGUCUCGCGUUAGUAGACGUUUGCUGGCGAUAGCGUUGGGAUGAAACUCUCUCUCGAGGAUCAAUACGCGCAGUGGCGGAUUUCUCAAUCGGCGCACAUGAAGCCUCCCAUGCUUCGGUGCUUUCCCCACUGAAUGUGACUUAUAACGCUCGUGUAUCACGUCAAUAACGAAUAAUAUAACAUAUUUAUUAUAUGUUAUUUCAAAACGUUGAGAAGCUACUUUGAGUAGAAUUUUGUAAUUCGAGUAAGAGCAACUGCGAGUUUGUCCAGCCACGUCAGUAUGAUGCAGAGCAACGGUUCGGAGAAUAUAGGAUCUGAGAACGGUGUUGACAAAUCGGGAUGGACAGUUGGAUUGAUAAACGGGAAGUUUAAAUAUUUAACGGCGGAGACAUUCGGUUUCAAGAUAAACGCCAAUGGUUCGAGUCUGAAAAAGAAACAAUUAUGGAUUCUGGAGGGUAGUGAGCAUCAGGUUUUCCUUCGUUCGCACUUGGAUCGAUAUCUAGCAGUCGACCAGUUUGGUAACGUAACAUGCGAGAGCGAGGAUUCAUCGGAUCCGGGAUGUGCUUUUCAAAUACAACUCGCUUCUGAUGGCAGCGGACGAUGGGCGCUGAAGAAUAUUCAGAGAGGCUAUUUCUUAGGCUCGAGCCAAGAUGAAUUAAAGUGUACCGCUAAGGCUCCGGGAGAGGCGGAAUACUGGCUCGUACACCUUGCCGCCAGACCGCAGGUGAAUCUUCGAUCGGCCGGAAGGAAACGUUUUGCGCAUUUGAGUGCGACUCAAGAUGAGAUCCAUGUGGACGCGCCAGUGCCCUGGGGUGAGGACACCCUAUUUACAUUGGAAUUUCGUCCAGCGACCAUGAGCGACGAUGAUAGUCACAAGGAUCGUGCUAAGUCUGAAGGCGGUCAUUACGCGCUGCAUACGUGCAAUAAUAAAUAUCUCGCUCGUGACGGCAAACUGUUGGACGCUUGCACGCGAGACUGUUUGUACGCUGCGGAAUUUCACGCCGGUCUUCUCGCCCUUCGGGAUAUACACGGCGCGUAUUUGGCACCGAUUGGUAGUAAAGCUGUUCUAAAAUCGAGAUCAACGACCGUUACACGUGACGAGCUUUUUUCUUUAGAAGAAUCUCUGCCACAGGCAUCAUUCGUCGCGGCGUUGAACCAGCGAUAUGUUUCCGUGAAGCAAGGCGUCGACGUGACGGCCAAUCAGGACGAGAUCUCCGGCCAUGAGACAUUCCAGUUGGAGUUUGAUCGGGUGACGAAACGAUGGUACGUACGAACGAUGCAGGAUCGUUACUGGAGUCUGGAAGCCGGCGGCGGUAUCCAGGCAUCCGAUCACAAGCGAUCGUCGAACGCACUGUUCGAUCUGGCGUGGCAGUCAAAUGAUGGCACGGUCGCGUUGCGCGCAAACAAUGGCAAGUUCCUGGCGACCAAGCGAUCCGGUCAUCUCUACGCGAACGCCGACUCGCUGAACGGCAAUGAUUCCGACCCUGCGAAGUACUACUUUUAUCUGAUGAACCGGCCUGUGUUGGUGCUGCGAUGCGAGCAGGGCUUCGUCGGGCCCAAAAGCGCGGCCAGUACCAAGCUUGAAUGCAACAAGGCUAUCUACGAGACGAUACGCGUCGAGCGGUGCGAGCGCGGUGUGGUCAGAUUUAAAGGACAAAACGGGAGGUAUUGGCACGCGGAUAGCGAAGGAGUGACCGUAGAUUCGGACAUACCAUCCGACGGUUUUUACCUGGAGUUGCGCGAGCCAUCACGGAUCUGCAUCAAAUGCGUGGACGGCCGAUAUCUCACCGCGGGCAAAAAUGGCGCGCUGCGUUUAGGCGAGUCGGAUUACGAGUCCGCCACGAAAUGGGAGUUCUAAUGUGGGCAAUAUAUAUAAUAACGUAAAAAAACGUGCAACGAGCAAGAUUUGUACUCCACUGCCUCCUCAGCUUUGGUCGUAACUCGCACAAUAUCAUACCCUUCGAAUAACAGUGGUAAAAGAUUCGCAAUUUGGACUAAUUCCUCUGCGGCGUACUUAAUUAAUCGAGCAUACCGCGUCGAGCAAUCAGCAUAGAGUUAACAAUUCACAAUGUAUCGACGUACGAUUUUCUUGUUUCCGAUUUUGAUAAAACGUUUCGUCAGUCCGCAAUAUAUUCCAAACUGACGCGAUAAACGAUUUAUCCUAAAAUCCAAGACCGGCUUGGAUACUUUCAUAACUGUCUAGGAUCUAUUUUAUACAUAAUACACGAACUUUUAUACCUGUAUAUUGUAAGUAUAACUUGCCACGUUGCGAGCUCAAUAUUAUACUAAUGUCUUUCUUGUGUACUAUUCGUAUACUGAAUUUUUUAUUAUAAAUAAUUUUUAUUAUAAAAAUUGGUAAUGAUUGUUAUUAUAUUUACUUAUUUUAUAUUAAUAUGUUUUGUAAUAUGAGAAGUUUGAUAAUGUAAAUCAUCAAUAUGAAAAAAAGGAAAACGGGAGAGGAAAUAUAUAGAUUUUUCUUUCUGCUCGCAACGUGAUAACAAAUUGCUACAGUUACGAGCACAUUUUAUUCAUUAAGCGAAUUAUUUAAAUGAAUAUAAAUAUACUCUUAAAGAGACAUUUGAAAGAGAGCCAAAUCCAAUAAGUCGACCAAUAUUCGCGACCACUGCCUGAUCGGUUCAAUAUCGAUUUCACAUUUCAUAGUUUCCAUUACCAAAAUAUAUCCGUUACGAUCGUAAGUUAGGCAAAGCGCAUUUAAUGAAACGCACACAGAAGAGUUUUGCUAUAUUCUCUUCGCAUGCUUCACACAUUUAUACUAGCCUACCGCGUAUAUUAAAUAAGGCCAAACUAAGGCUUGGUGAUGGAAAGAUUUGCAGUAGCAUACAGAUUCGCGUUUUUGUUCGCUUUUUUUACGUUUAUUAAGAACGAUACACUUCGACGGAUAUCACGCGUUUUUAGUAAUAAGAUAGACUUAUAUAAUCUUCUUCACUUUUCGUAACAAUAAACAAAUUGGCGGAAGAUCGCCUAUGUUAUAUGUUUCACGUUUUACGAAAUUCCUAUAUAGUACUAUAUCGAAUAGAAUUGUAUGAGAUACGAGAAUAGAUAUGUCGGAUAGAUUAUUUUGAAAGACAUUGAAAUCAGUCUCGUGUAAAUAUACGUUUGCCUCUUCAACACAUUGUUGUUUUAUGAUCGUAAUAUAUAUUAUCUACGCCUCGCACCACUUAAUUUUAUACGUUACGAGAACGGAACGCGUAUUUUUAUGACGCGAAAUGUAUGAAAAC